CUCUCAGCUACCGCCCCCCCCCCCACCCCACCCUUCGCAACUGCACUGCCGUUCAUGUUGACGGAACAGAGUCCAUGAACUGGGGCAAGUCCUUUACAAAAAAUUAAAAUUUGAACUUAUCACGGCAUCUGUUUUGCAGAAGAACAGCUAUGUCUUACCACAGCUUCCUGCUGGAACCAAUCAGCUGUCAUGCUUGGAAUAAAGACAGGACCCAAAUUGCACUGUGUCCCAACAAUCAUGAAGUUCAUAUUUACAAGAAAGAAGGAUCCAAGUGGAAUAGAAUUCAUGAGCUGAAGGAGCAUAGUGGGCAUGUGACAGGGAUUAGCUGGGCCCCAGAAAGCAAUCGAAUUGUGACCUGUGGAACUGAUCGUAAUGCCUACGUCUGGUCCCUGAAGGGCAAUGUCUGGAAGCCAACUCUUGUCAUCCUAAGAAUCAAUCGUGCUGCCAGAUGUGUGAAAUGGUCACCCAAGGAGAAUAAGUUUGCUGUUGGCAGUGGAUCCCGGUUAAUUUCGAUCUGCUACUUUGAGAAGGAGAAUGACUGGUGGGUCUGCAAACAUAUUAAGAAACCAAUUCGCUCCACUAUUCUGAGUCUGGACUGGCACCCCAAUAAUAUUCUGCUGGCUGCUGGGUCGUCUGACUUCAAGUGCAGGGUUUUCUCUGCCUACAUCAAGGAAGUGGAAGAGAAACCCUCACCCACACCGUGGGGUUCAAAGAUGCCAUUUGGAGAGCUGAUGUUCGAGUCCAGUGGGACUGGAGGCUGGGUUCAUGGGGUCUGUUUCUCUGACAGCGGGGACCGUGUGUGCUGGGUCAGCCAUGACAGCACUGUCUGCGUCACUGAUGCCAACAAGAAGUCAGUGCUUGCUUCACUCAACACAGAAUCUCUACCUCUUCUGACUGUUACCUUUAUCACAGAGAACAGUUUAGUGGCAGGGGGUCAUGAUUGUUACCCAGUGCUGUUUACUUAUGACAGUAGCCAAGACAAGGUAACAUUUGGCAAGAAGCUUGAUGUUCCCAAGCAGAAUGUGCAGCGUGGAAUGACUGCUCUGGCGAAGUUCAGGAACUUGGAUAAAAAUGCCAUGGCUGAUAACAGCAGUGUCGCGCUGGAUACUCUCCAUAAGAACAGUAUCAGCCAAAUAUCCAGUCUUGAGGGUGGAAAAAAGAAUUGCACUAAGUUUUGCACCACUGGCAUGGAUGGCGGAAUGGCAAUCUGGGAUUUAAAGACUCUGGAGGCUGAAUUGAAAGAUUUGAAGAUUGUUUGAAUCAUGGGACCAGUCUCCUUGAAAUAUGCAACUUCUUUAAUUGUUCUGCCAAUCUUUGCCGCACCCUCUCUUAAACCAAUACAAUCUCAGCUUAUCUCAGUUAAGGCAAAUAAUGCUGAAAUGAUUAUCAUACUUUUAUAGUAAUCAUGUACCUAAUGAAAUAACAGUAUGGCCUGCUACUCUCAAAAGGUACAAGAGCCUCACAUUCAGAAAUUGCUUUGCAAUGACUCUGUGCUCUAGCAUUUCAAUACUGCAUAAGGUGCCUUGGGCAAGUCCCAGUUCCUAUCCUCAGGGGUUUGUCAGUUUCAACAAGAUUAUUCUUUUAACUGAAAAAAAUGGAUAACGAAUAUGUGCUAUUUAGUCAUUUUGAGCUAUCUUUGCUGGUCAUAAGAUGAAUCCUGUUUCAAAGCUCUUGGAAUAAUAAAAUGAACUAUGAAACAAA